UUUUUUGGUUUUUUUUAAAGAAACCCUAAACCCUGAUUUUUUUAAUUCCAUCAAAAAGCCUUACCUUUUCUCUUAAAUUCUUCGCUAAAACUUCUUAAACCCUGAAAAAAGCCAUUUUCUUUUUCGCCCACUCUUCAAAUUAGCUUCUUUCUUCUGUUUUUAGUUCUGUUUUAUGAAGGAAACAAACCCUUUAUAAAGUUAACAUACCCUUUUAGGGUUUUCUUUGGGUCAAUCUGUUUUCUUUUUCUACUAAAAAAAGAAUUAGGGUUUUUUGUUUGAUGAUCACAUGAAUGGCAGAUUGGGGUUUUUCUGAAAUUUGGUUUUUUGCUCCCUUCACAAGUUGAAAGCUUUUUCUUGGGUUUGUGUAAAGUUAGGGUUUUUGUUUGAUAAUUACAUGAAUGGCUUCAGGUCCAUUACUUGGUGAUGCUGGAGAGAAGCACAAGAAGAAAUUAUAUGGAAGAAAGAACCAAAACAAUUCCGACAAUCCCAACAAUGUCCGUCAAUACUAUCACCACAACAAGCGCCAGAAAUCUUCACAACACCACCUAGCCACUACUGAUGACAACUCCUCUCAGCCUCAGACUAUUCCUGCAGUAUCAGAUGAUUCCUCAAGCCACAACCUUGAGCAACUGGGUGCUGCUCAUAACAGCCGAGAACCCACCAAUGCGAUUGGAAUACCAGGUUAUGUUAAGUUUGAUAAUCUUGUAAAGAUUAGUUUGAAUUUAAGAAAUAGGGAUGAGGUUAGGGCACUCAAACGAAAGCUUGCGAGCGAGCUUGAUCAAGUGUUGAGUCUAGUGAAGAGGCUUGAAGCUACACAGAGCCAGUUAACUAAAAAUGUGAAUAGAAAUGCAAAGAAAAUGAGUUCUGAGAUGGGUUCUGUGGAGCCUACAAAUCCACGGUCUUUCCGGGGAUCAACUGUAUCUGUGAGUGAGAAUGAGAACAAUCUUGGAGUUAAUGGUGAAAUGGUGGGCAAAGUGAAGAGGGCACCAAAAGUUAAUCAGCAUAAGAAGAAGUUUGAUGCUCUUGUGGGAAGGGAAAAGUCAACCCCAAUGGAGAAUAAGAAGAAGUCCGAUGCUCUUAUGAGAAGGGAAAAGUCAACUCCAAUGGAGAGUAAGAAGAAGUCGAAAUCCAGUGAAAUGGGAGGUGGGUUUGUGUUAGAUAAGGAUUUGAGUAGAUUGUUCAAAAAUUGUAGUAAUUUGUUGGAGAAGUUAAUGAAGCAUAAGUUUGGUUGGGUGUUUAAUAAGCCAGUGGAUGUGAAGGGGCUUGGAUUACAUGAUUAUUAUACGAUAAUUAAGCAUCCUAUGGAUUUGGGCACGGUGAAGGUUAGGUUGACUAACAAGUUGUACAAGUCACCUAAAGAGUUUGCUGAGGACGUGAGGCUUACCUUUAAUAAUGCCAUCUUGUAUAACCCAAAAGGUCAGGAUGUGCAUGUAAUGGCUGAGCAAUUGUUGAAGAUAUUUGAAGAGAAGUGGACAAAAAUGGAGUCUGAGUAUAAUUUCAGUAGGAGGUUGGAAAUCGGUAAUGAUUCAGGUUUGCCAACAUCCACUUUAGGGAUAACUCCAGUUCCUCUUGCACCAGCUCGUACACCAGCUGCUGCUCCUACUAUGCCAGUUCAUAUUCCUGUUCCUGCUCCUUCUACACCAGUUCAUAUUCCUGUUCCUUCUCCGUCUCCACAGCCUGCAGAAGCACGUAAUUUUGAGAGAGUCGAGUCGAUGACAAUGCAUGUGGAUCCAAAGACUAUGGUUUCUGCUCAUCAAGUUAAGACACCAGUUUCAAAUAAGCCUAAAGCUAAGGAUCCUGAGAUGAGGGAUAUGACUUAUGAGGAGAAGCAGAGACUAAGUUUGAACCUUCAGGAUUUGCCUUCAGAUAAACUGGACCAUGUUGUCCAGAUAAUUAAGAAGAGGAAUCCUGUGCUUUCUCAACAAGAUGAUGAGAUUGAGUUUGACAUUGACAGUUUUGAUCCUGAAACUCUUUGGGAACUUGAUAGAUUUGUGAAUAAUUACAAGAAGAGUUUGAGUGAGAACAAGAGGAAAGCUGAAUUUGCUCUUCAGGAAACUGCAGAAUCUGACCAUAAUAUUCUGGAUACUAAUAUGGAACCAAUCAUUUUAGAGUCACCGAAAGGAACUGAAGCAGUAGUCAAAAAGAUUGUUUCCACAUCUCUGCCUGUUCAAGGAGAAAAGCAAGGUGAUAAUGUGAGUGAAUCAAGUAGUUCAGGUGGUUCUAGCAGUGACUCUGGAUCGUCCUCAAGUGACUCUGGCAGUAGUAGUUCGCCUGGACAUCGAUCAGAUGCAGAUCAUUAAACUAGGAGGUGAAUUGAUUGAAUUAAGGUGAUAGGAAGAUGUUAGAUCAAAGUUUGACCUGUGUUAGUGAGAUGGUUGUUCUUUUUGGUAUAUAAUGUGGUGUGGAGGAACCACCCCCAAGGUAAUCUUCCAGUAGUUGAACAAGUUAUUGGAAGUUGAAACUUACCAACAUCAUUUUUGCUAUUAUCAGAAUUAACUGACACCUGUGGUUCUUUCUGCUACUAGUUUGUAGCAUACUGUAAUUAAACUUACCCAAAUUGCAAGUUACAACUGAUGUGAAAUUGUUGUGUCAAAUUAAUGACCUGUUUCCCUUUUUGUUGAGUCAA